AUGGCACCUACUGGAAGAAAGCACGCGGGGAAAUCUGUGAAGCAAACCAUGGAGGAGCAGAUCAUCCGUGCCUAUGAGUUUGAGAACGUCGAGAGGAAUCUGAGUGGUGCCGAACAGGAUUUUCUAGAAGGAAAGAUGACAGCAGUUGAUAAGCAUGGGAAGAAAAGGUCUUCCACAGGAAUGAUGGAGCGAGAUCUCGGGGGUGAAGUACAGAAUAUGCUGGAAAGAUUUGGAGCUGACAUUAACAAGGCUCUUCUUGCAAAGAAAAAGAAAUUAGAACUUUAUACCCAGGCUUCUUUCAAAAACAGUAACCAGAAAAUUGAAAGUGUUUGGAAAGCACAACAAGAACAAAGACACAAACUUAGCCAGGAAUAUUCUCAGCAGUUUCAGAGUUUGUUUCAGCAGUGGGAUAUGGAUAUGCAGAAAACUGAGGAACAAGAAGAAAAACUGACUAAUAUGUUUCGACAACAACAAAAGAUUUUUCAACAAUGUAGAAUUGUUCAGAGCCAGAGACUGAAAGCAGUUAAACAGUUAUAUGAGCAGUUUGUAAAGAGUAUGCAGGAAAUGGAGAAUCAUCAUGAGAAUCUUCUGAGUGGUGCGCAAAAUGAACUUAGAAAAGAAAUGGCUAUGUUGCAGAAAAAAAUUAUGAUGGAUACUCAGCAGCAAGAGAUGGCAAGUGUUCGAAAGUCUCUUCAAUCCAUGUUAUUCUGUUGACUCUUUGAAGAAAGAACUUGAACCUAAGUAAUACACAAUUAUAACAUU